AUGGAAAAAAACAAUCAGCUCGAGGCUAUUUGUUGUUUAAAAAGCAUGCUUCCCGGAUCACCACUUGCAGAACUAUCACCUGCUGCUUUGCCGUCAGCAAUUGAGAUCUGGCAACGCAUUUUGGAACUUCAAAACAGCCACGAUUCUCAGACAAUUGCUCGCGAAGUUGAAGCUCGUCGUAUGCGACUUGGUUCAGAUCCAUUGCCUGUCAUAAAAGCUACUGUGGAACGAGAAGUUGUGUUGAGCUCAGAGAUUGAUACUAUUCUUAAAAGCCUUUUAUCAAUUGAUACUGAUUUAAAGAGAAUAUCCGAGUAUAAUUGUAAGCUUCUUGGCACUCUCGCAAUAAAGCUGGCAUAUGCGGACCCUAGUGAAAAAUCAGAGAUUCAAACAGAGAUGGACUCUAUUGCCAACACGCUUGUGAAUGACCAGUGCACUUCCCCGCUGGCAUUUGAAACGCUGUUGGAGGCAGAAAAUACUAAACUGGAUCACCGCAACGAAAAGCUUAUUACAUUGGCGUCUACUUUGACUGAUGAUUCUGCAAUUUCACUUUCUUGUAAAGCAUAUCUGCUGAGAAAACACGGGGAAGAUUUAGAUCUGGCUUUACAGUAUUUGAUGAAAAGUCUCGAGCAAGCUCCAAACAGCGUUUUUACGCAUCAUUUGCUUAUCUACGUAUUUCUGGACAAGCGUAAUUGGAAACAAGCUAUCAGUAUUUGUGAGAAUUGUGAGAUUCUCAUAUCCAAGUAUUUCAAAAGCACUGGAAGAAAACUGGAUGGUGUGGAGCUUGAUAUCAACCUAAUGCUGGGAACAGCAUAUGUGGAACUUGGAAAGCGAUCAGCAACGCAGGCUCUUACAGCAUUUAGAUCCGUUUUGGAAAUAGAUCACUCCAAUUUGGAUGCGUUGAUUGGACUUGGCGUUACUUUGGCAACCAUAGGAAAAUAUAACGAAGCCAUUAGAUGUUUUGACAAGGUAAUUACAAUUGACGCUACUAAUCAACGAGCACACAUCGAGUCUGGAUGGACGCUAUUUCUGCAGGGCGAAUAUCCACGCGCACUUGAUCGACUUAUUGAAGCUCAGCCUUUUGGAAAAUCAUAUCUUAUCAAGUAUCGACUUGCAAAAACGUACUGGAUGAUCGAUGAUAAAUACCGUGCUGAUAAAGCAUAUGUUCACUCUUUAUUGAUUGAGGCUGCACGGCUAAACCCAGACUAUGCCCCAACAUUUACGUUGCUUGGAAUGUAUUACAAGGAAGUAGAAUCUGAUAUCAUACGAGCCACAAAGUGUUUUUUGAAAGCAAUAUCUAUUGAUAAUGAGGAGGAUGGCGCUAUCAAGGCUCUUGUUUUUUUGUGGCUGGAGAACGACAAUGUUCAUCAGGCGGUGGCUUUGCUCAAAGAAGCUGCCGUUAAUCUUCCACGACUAUGCUGGAUAUGGAAACAGCUUGGAAUUAUUUCGUUGUCACAAGGAAACACCAAUGAUGCGGUGGGUCAAUUCCAGACUGCUUUGCGACUGGAUGCAAAGGAUCGUGUUUCCUGGAUAUCACUGGGCGAAGCCUAUGCAUCUCAGGGUAAAUACAUGGCUGCUCUCAAAGCCCUCGAUCGAGCUCUUGAACUGGAACCACAGGCCCAGUUUCCAAAGUAUCUCAAAGCACUUGUUUAUCACAAACUCGGCAUGUUUCCCGAAGCAAUUUCAAAUUUUCGCACAGCGCUCACCGAGUUAGAAAACAGUCCGUCUUUUAGCUCUACGGAUCAAACUGCGGCAGCUACCACAGAGAUGAAGCACGUACUUGUACCUACUCUCAAGGGUCUUGGCGAGGCUCUUCUUUAUUCAGCUCGAACUUUGUAUGACAGCGGUGCAUAUGGCGCAUGUGCCUCGCAUCUUUUUGAUGCGAUUGAAGUUUGUUUGAAAAGCUUUUUAAUUGCACCUCGUCUGCUGUGCACUGCAAAAAUUCUUGGUGAUGCGUGCCUUACUUUGGCCACCUUGGUUCCUGGUCUUGUGAGUGAUUCUCACAGUCAGGUAAUUGAUCAACUGAUUACAUCAAUUCCUGACAUUGACAAAGACACAUACAGUGGCUGUGAUAUGCCUUUUGAAUUGAAAGAAACGGACACGACUUCCAUUCAACGAGUUUUUAUUGGCGCUGCGUGGGCUUAUUAUCGCGCCAUGCUGAUUGCUCGAAACAAUCAGCAGCCAGCUGAUGUGAUUGCCGUCUAUGCGCAUGACCUAAGCAUUGUCUACUUUCGAUCUUACAAGCAUGCUGUUUUCAAUCAAAACUCAGAACAGUCAUCCCGUUUAUUGAAACUUGCGAUAAAAUAUGUUCAAGUUGCCAUUUGCAUGAAUCCUCAAAAAGAUUUAUACUGGAACGCACUUGGCGUGUACUCGAGCUCAAUUGAUCCUAAACUAUGUCAGCAUGCACUUAUUAAAGCUGUUGAAGUCAAUAUGACGAAUCCUCGCGUGUGGUGCAAUUUAGGGUAUUUUUAUAUGUUUAUGGAUGAUAUGGAUCUAGCCGGGCAAUGUUUUUCAAAGGCGCAGUUUGUAGAUCCAGAUUGGCCACUUGCAUGGUUUGGCCAAGCAUAUUUGGCUAAACUAGCAGGAAGCAGAGAGUUUGAUAUUCUGUAUUCGUAUGGUUUAGAAUGCUUUCGUAGUUCUGCACUGACUCCAUCAACUCUGAUUAUUGCGUCACAUUGUCUUUUGAAAUGUGUUGAGCGUUUUCCUGAAGAACCGGCAGCCUAUAAUCUAUAUGGACUUAUUUUGGAACGUCAGCACCAGCACGAAAAUGCCACCAGCGCAUUUGAAGAAGCAAUUCGACUGCUUUCUAAAUCUAAACACGCAGAUCAAAACCACAUUCAAAAACUGCUAGCACUUGUUUUGGAGAACAAAGCAAGAUGCGAAUCUGCUGCUGGCCGUUUUCACGAUGCUAAUACAACAUAUAAAGAGCUGGCCAAUCUAGACCAGCCUGCAUCUGUAUUUACAUUUGUUGGUCAGGGCUUUGCUGCUUACUUUGUUCAAGAUCUAAAAACCAGUCUCAUGUCAUUUGAAAAAGCCCUCGAAUUAUGCGAUAGUAACUCUAGCGAUGAUGCGACUGCCAAUCGUCUCAAAAAUGAUACAAUCUUGCUGCUCAGUCAAGUUCUUUAUGCUCUCGACACAGACGAGCAUAUUGAAUUGGCAAAGCAACAACUAUUUCAAUGCAUUUCCAACAAUGCUCAGUAUGUUCCCGCCAUUAUUGGUCUUUGUGUAAUGGGUCUUGUUAGACAGGACUGGGUAUUGGCGCAAACCGCUGCUGCAGAACUCAUCAAGCUAGAUUUAGAAGUAGCCGAAACUCUUGAUGCCGAUAUAGAUUGGGUUCUUUGCUCAUUUUUUAUCAUGCUGAAUGGCCAGACAAAAACUGCUCGAGGAUUUUUAAGCAAAACAGUUCAUCGGUAUCCAUGGAAAGCUGCUCGAUGGUCAAAGCUUGCUGAGCUAAUUUAUUGUCAUUCACCUGCUCAGAGCGAUGUUUCGGCCAAAUUAGCAGCGUCUGGCUUGGAGAUAUUUAUUUCUUCUGGUUUGGAUUCGCUUAAUCCUGUCAAAACCACUGAUGUGUCAGAUAUGCAACGAAUCCGAGGUCUUGCGCUACUUUCUGAAGGAAACCCUAAAAUGCAUCAAAAAAGUCGAACCACACUUUGUCAAGCCAUUCGAUCCUCUCCUAGCAAUCCUGCCAAUUGGCUUGCCCUUGGAUUGAAUCAAUGUGCAGAUGCUGUGUCAAACUCUGUAACGUCUAUUGAAAGUGCUGAACCAAAAACUAAUGAUGAUUUGAAAGUUGUCGACAGUAUUGCCGAGUCGGCUAUUACUGUGAUAGAUACUUGCACAGAUUCAUCUGAAAUAUUGAGUUGGUCUCAUUUGCUUAAAGCAGAGGCUCUUUUACAAUCUACACUCCGAUUAACUGAACUAUCUGAGAUUGAACAAGUUAUUCAAAAGGCAGAUGCAGUGAUUAAUACCUCAAUAACGAGUGCGGUAAAGCGCGCAGGAUACGUGCUUCUUGGACGUGCAUUACUUUGUAAUGGCGAUACGACAAAUGCUGAGCGAGCUCUUAAAACAGCACUACAAUACGAUGAUGAAUAUUGUAUUUUGCCAUUGGAAGAAUUAGCAGCUUUUUACGCUGCAAACUCCAAUCCUUCAGCAACAGAAUUUUGCUAUCGUCAGGCAAUAGCGGUGUUGUCCGAUAAUACCAAAAGUAAAACCCCUACACUAUUGCGACUAGUACAGCACUUUAUUUGUGUAAAUGACCAUACGAAUGCAUUGGAAAACGUCAACAUGGCAUUAGUUGCCGAUUCCGCAAAAAUAAUAUCAAGGUUUUUUCAGACUUUGAUCCUAAUUCAAACUAAGCAGUCCAAGGGGAAAUUGGCCAAGAACUUGACGAUACUUUCUGAAUCUGACGAGAUUGACCCCGUUAUUGUUAAUUGGCUGGCAUUGAAAAUCGAUGUGUAA